CGCGCAUAAUGACUCGAUCAGGCGGGUCCCAUUGCCAAACGGUGCUGCUGCUAGUGCUGGUGACGAUCACGAUCGUCGCAAGUAGAGCAGCAAAACAGGCCACCAGUUCCGAUCGGAGCCGUACCGAGGACUAUAUCACGCAGUACGAGAUCAACACGGAACGGUACCGAGUGACCACAGAAGAUGGCUACCAGUUGAUAGUUUACCGAUUGUUACCGCAGGUCCCAACCAAAGGCGCCGUCGUGCUACAACAUGGUAUCCGACAGUCCUCCGCCGAUUGGUUGAUGUUGGAUAAUAAUCUUCCGAUGCAGCUUCUGUCUACCGGCAUGGAAGUUUGGCUGGGGAACUCUCGAGCCUCACCGGAGUCUGCCGAUCACACUAAAUUUAGCAAAACUUCGGCCAAAUAUUGGGAGUUUAGCUUUCACGAAAUUGGCUACUACGACCUAGCCGCCAUUACGGAUGCCGCCCUCCAAAUCAGCCAGCGGAAGCAGAUCCACAUGGUCGCCUUCUCGGAGGGAUCUACGGCUACCUUGACACUCCUCGCGCAACGUCCAGAGUAUAACGAUAAGAUCACCUCUCUGAACCUGCUCGCACCUGCAGCCAUCAUGGGCAACAGCCAAUUCAAGCUAGUGUCCCUGCUGUUCGACAAAAUCCAAGUCAUUUUCCCGUGGAAAAUCACACAAAUACUCUCCAACAACAAUCAAUUGUCGAACAACUCACAAAAACAACUCGAACACUUUCAACAGCUGAUCCUGUCCGGCCGCUUCCGCCAGUACGAUCACGGCCAACGAGAAAACAUUCAACGGUACGGUACCCCGGAACCCCCGGACUACCCCCUGUGGCGAAUCACACGACCGGUAGUCCUUCACUACGGCGGAAGAGAUACGACCGUCCACCCAAGGGACGUCGAACAACUCAGCACCCAGUUCCCGAAGACCAGCCAAGUUCAAUUGAUCGAGUACGACAAGCUGGAUCAUAAUGAUUUCCUGACGCGAUCAGAUGCCGCCAGUGACGUGUAUCCCAUGGUCGUGGAAUCCGUUAUGAAGCGGCUCCAGUGAAUUAGAGCGAAAAACCAAAACACAGAUGUAAGCGGAUAGCGACCGAUAGAGAAUAAGUGAGAGUGCGUGAAUAAAUUAUUAAAUGAGGAAGUGUUUGACGUGGUUUUUCAAAACCAGUUUGAGAGAAUUCCGUUUGACGCAAAAUAAGGAAAAUUAGCUUAGUUUUGGGGGCUCGCACGGGGUUUGAUUUUGCACGCGGAGUUAAUAUUGAAUUCAAAUGCUAAUCAUUGCUCUCUGGAAGUAAACCAGUUUAGUC